AUGGCCGACCAGCUUCACCAUCUACAACAGGCUCUUAAAGAACAAAACCUGAAAAUUGCUGAUCUGGAGGAUAGAUCCAGAAGAAAUAACCUGCGCAUCAGGGGCAUUCCUGAAUCCAUUACGAAUGAGGCCUUACACAACUACAUCCACACCUUUUUCCUGGACCUAUUGCCUGAAGUACACCCAGACCAAGUGGUCCUACAUAGGACACAUAGACUCAGGAGACCCCAACACCUGCCAACUUCGGCAGCCAGAGAUGUCAUUACCAGAGUGCUUUUUUUCCACAUCAAAGAGAAAAUUGUCAAAGUUACCAGAAACAACAACCUACCCUCCCAAUAUGGAGGCCUGAAGAUCUUCGCGGACUUGUCAAUGCACACACUCCAAUUUCGCAAGUCAUUAGCCCCUACCACCAACGCACUGAGAGCACACGAGGAUCCGUACUGA